UAGAAAACAACAAUGGCACGAUCAAGUGUCCUAAAGUGCUCCAGACCGAAGUAGUUCAUUAAAAUAGAAGUGCAAGUGGAUAAUUCCGACAAGCGCGUUCUGCAAUAGAAGUUAGUGUAUGUGCUGCUGAUAGCACCUCUAGCUCAAACACAACUGCAAUGUGAGACAACUCUUUUAAUGUUGAGGUAGUUCAGAAUUGUACAGCAGUCUAUAGGUACUUUACUUUUUGAUAUCGAGUAUGCUUUACCGAAAGCGUCUGAUCCUCCUGUGAAAUGGCUACACUCAACGGCAAGAAAACUUCCGCAUUAAAAUAAUUUGAAAGUCCGGGUAGUUCGAUUUCAUUUCAGAAAAGGCAUAUAAAAAUAGAACCAAGCUUCUUUAUCAAAAAUGCGAACGGGGAAAAGGCAUACAUCUCUGGAACAAUGGCACCAAUCAAAUUAUUAACUCUGACUGCGGUGCUCAGUUUAGUCACAUCUACCAUUCAAACUCGAUUUAUACAGGAUGAUGUAUUAGCAUUUCCACGAUAUAAAGUAGUGGUUACGAAGGACAAAAUAGCCCAGACAGAUAUUGACGCAUUCAAGGGAAGAGAGGACAAAGAGCUUAACCACGUUAUAAUGACCUCAUCAUACGGUCAGCCUUUUUCCUGUGUCAUCCCUGAUGUACAGAUUGAACAAGAACGAAUCGAGCGCGAACAACAGGUAGCAGCAAAAGAUGAAACUGAAGAAGACAGACAAAGAAUUAUUCAGAAAGGAUUAGAACUGCUAGAGCCGAUUGGACAAACAAGCUGUAUCAAAUUUUUUGCUAGUACAAACCAAUAUUGGACUUAUGAAUACUGUCAUAAUCGAUAUAUUCGCCAAAUGCAUAUUGAACGCAGUUACGAUGGAAAAGUUGAAAAAGAGCAUGAAACAGCAUCUUUUUAUUUAGGAUUUCAUCCCGGCCUUCGUCAAGGUACCACUGAUAUCCAAACGAAGCAACACAAUGAUAAAGCAGCAUUAAUAGCGAAGGGAAAUGGUGCGCACCAACAUCAAAAACAAUAUGGACAUUUAUAUACUGAAUUAAGAACACUUGGUGAUCAAAGGUAUUUGGUACAGAAAUGGAAAGAUGGCUCAAUAUGUGAUUUAACUGAAAGGCCACGUACUGUUGAAGUUCAGUAUCAUUGUGAUUUGCAUGGCCCAGACAGAGUGACUAGCUUUGUUGAGGUUUCCACAUGUAACUAUCAAAUAAUGAUAUCGACCCCAAGGUUAUGUGAAGAGUUGCGUUUGUCCGAAAGGCGCCAUGAUGAAGCGCAUGAGAUUCAAUGUCGACCAAUUGUGUCAGAAGAGUUAUUAGAAGAAGAGCGACGAAAGGAAACUGACCGUUUGCUUUUGCAGGAAGCAACGACGACGUUAGAAAUGGGAACAAGUGACACUGAAAAUAGCCAAGAUCAGGUUCAGCAAGGAGAAGAAAAGACCGAUAAGGUCGCUAAAGAUGAACGAGAUACCUUACUCAAUCUGAUUUCUGAUUUAACAGUUCAAAUAAACCAACUCAAACAACAAGUAGAUGGCUCUAAGGUGACUGCUAAUAACGCUGAUAGAAGCAACAAACAAGUCAAAACAGAAAUAACGUUCUAUACAAUGGAUGAAGAUGGUAAUAUUAUUCAGCAAAACCCGAGUUUAUUUCAUGACAAACUUACAUUGCAAGAUUUGAUAAAGGAAUCCUUUGAAAAGGAUUCACUCAAAGAAGAGAGUGAGGAACAAAAGACGAAAGCAAAGAAUCAGCAUAAUAAUAGACAGGCAUAUGAGCAAAGAUAUUUCGAAUAAAGUAAAAAAAGUUCAAUGCAUUCAUUUGCCUCUACAAGAUAAAGGUAGCCUCCUUUACAGCGCCAAUCCUCGUCACCGCUUUAUGAUUGGCUGAUGUCAUUUUAGAUCAAGUGGGAUACUUGAUAUUGGCUGUAAAAGAGAAAAUCUCACGAACUAAUGGUUAAUGAUGAGCCUAAUAUUUCAAUUACCAUUGUUGGAAGUGUGUGCCUUUGGCAUUGACU